AUGUCCUGCAAGAUGCGCUUGAUUGACAAGGUCACGAUCAAAGGGUCGCUCGUGCCCUUGGAGCUGUACUGCCUGGAUUUGGACUUCAAGCGGCUUCAGGUGGAGGACAGGCCGGAGUUGCCGAUCACCUGGAACUCCCGCUACCGGUUCAAGUCGAGGCACGCCAUGGAGAUGCGAAAGAACCAUCUCUGGAAUGACGAGUUUUCCAAGGCUCAUAUCCUGAAGAAGGAUCCUCACUUUCAGGAGAUGCGAACGCCCUACACGGAUGUGUUCCUCCAGAACUUCAACAUGGGGUACCAGAACUAUGCUCAAGGAGAAUGGCAGGUUGCAAGAAACCUCUUGUUGAAGACCCACACCAUGCUCCGUGAGAAGGAUGGGCCGAGUGAGGCCCUCCUACGCUUCAUGGAGAAGCCGUAUCAGUUCAAGGCCCCAGAAGGCUGGCGAG